GGCGGAGUUAGUGCACAAACACAUGUGCAAGACAGACACUAAUCAGUUUUAUAUAAAAAAGGAACCAUUUAUCUUAAACAGUUAAAAAACGUGUGCCUACAAUGCUAUUUAUUUAUAACAAUAUAUAGAUUUAAGCUUGUAUUUCAUAAUUUACUUUUCGUGAUAUCCUGUAAAAACACUUAUAACGAUUUUUGCUUUUAAGUUAAUUAGGAGUGUAUCGCCUCGACGUUGAUGCAAAUGGGCAAACUUUUUAAAAGAAACUGCUAUGCAGUUUUUCUGAUUUUUUUGGUAGUCCAUGCGUCCUGGGGGUAUGUAUCAAAUGGAAAUCAGUCUGGUACCGAGGACGAGACGGAGUCUGAACAGGAGCAGAAUCUGCCUGUGUUCACGCUCAACUACAGCCGUAUACAGAUGCCGCUGGAAAUCACGCUGUGGAUCCUUUUGGCGUCAUUUGCCAAAAUCGGUUUCAAUGUUUACGAAAGGAUCACUAUAUGGAUUCCGGAGACGUGCUUGCUGAUUGGCGUUGGACUGAUAGUGGGUGCCAUUAUGCAUUCUGUACAGGAGCGACCCCCUGCGGUGCUUACAUCCAGGGUCUUCUUCCUGUACAUUCUGCCCCCCCUUGUGCUGGACUCAGGCUACUUUAUGCCCAUCAGGCCUUUCAUUGAGAACAUUGGCACCGUGCUGUGGGUUGCGGUGGUGGGAACGCUAUGGAACUCUAUCGGGGUCGGCUUGUCCCUCUACGCCGUCUGCUGCAUCGAUUUCUUUGGCGUGAGGGACAUCAGUGUGCAGGAGAACUUGCUCUUCGCCUCCAUCAUCUCAGCUGUGGACCCCGUGGCAGUGCUGUCCAUCUUUGAGGACCUCAGCGUCAAUGAGCAGCUCUAUAUUGUGGCACUGGGAGAGUGCUUGUUUAGCGACGCCGUCACUGUGGUGCUUUAUGAUAUGUUCACCUUUUUGGCUGGUAUGCCAAAGGUGGAGUCUAGGGACGUCUUCCUGGGUAUGACGCGCUUUCUCGUGGUGGGCGUGGGAGGCCUGCUUUUGGGUGUCCUGUUCGGUUUUGUGGCCGCCUUCACCACACGCUUCACGUCCAAGGUGAGCGAGAUCGAGCCACUCUUCGCCUUCAUGUACAGCUACCUGGCCUACCUAGUUGCGGACAUGCUCUCCACCUCCAGCAUCAUGGCCAUUGUGACCUGUGCCCUGACCAUGAAGUACUAUGUGGAGGAGAAUGUGGCCCAGAAUUCCUGCACGACCAUCCGCCACGUCAUCAAGAUGCUCGCCACGUUGUCCGAGACGGUCAUCUUCCUAUUCUUGGGCGUGGUCACCGUGACAACAGAGCACCAGUGGAACUGGGGAUACAUGCUGUUCACACUGUUGUUUGCUUUUGUCUGGAGAGCGCUAGGUGUCGUGGUGUUGAUGCAUGUCAUUAACCCUUUCCGCACCAUCGGCUUCAACUACAAGGACCAGUUCAGCCUGACGUACGGUGGCCUACGAGGGGCCAUCAGCUUUGCUCUCGUCUUCCUCCUCCCCCAGACCAUCGUCUGGCGCAGACUCUUCCUUACUGCCACCGUCACCAUCAUCAUAUUCACCGUUUUCAUCCAGGGAAUCAGCAUCCGACCCUUGAUCCAAUUCAUAAAUGUGAGGAAAACCAAUUGGAAACUGGAAAGUAUCAAUGUUGAGAUUCAUGUGCGGGCGAUGGAGCACACCGUUGUCGGAAUUGAGGACAUCUGUGCUCAGUGGAGUCACCAUUACUGGAAAGACAAGUUACAGAAGUUUAAUGACAGGUUCAUCAGAUGGAUCCUGAUCAGGGACAACCAACCAGAGUCGAGCAUUGUAUCUCUUUAUAAGAAGCUGGAACUGCAGAAUGUCAUGGAUAUUCUGGAACCUCCUGCAGUUGGUGACUCACUGUCUCCUGAAACCCCAAAUCAGGAAGAAUCUGCCUCCAAACUGAAGAAGAAAUUCUUGGCAAGCGACCUGAGGAACAUGCACAAUCUCUUGUCGAAGAACAUGUACAAGAUACGACAGAGGACGGUAUCUUACACAAGCAAACACGCCUUGCCUGACGAAACCAGGACCCGGGAGAUCUUGAUGCGGCGGCAUGCCAGCCUUCACCGCAGCCUGAGAGGCGUGGGGGAGCAGCACAAGAAUUUAGCAACCACGCAGAGAUAUUUCUCCCUUCCUGCUCAGAGGAGAUGGGAACACACCUCUGCUUCUAAGAGAUAUCCUAUUUCUGGAAACUUUGGGGCAGAGGUGGAACUGGACCACUCUCUUGCCAGUCCCAGGUCCAGACUGCUGAGACGAUCUACAUCCCUUGGCGCGCGGAACUUGGGAGCCUGCCGGGAUAUGGCUGCAAACGCGGGCAUCGCUGCGGUGAAAGACCACAGGGGGCGACAUGGGGCUCGUCGGACUUCCCGUCCAGGGUCCAGUCAGUCCAGGCCUCCUUACCCCUGCCCUGCCCGUCAGCACCACCUUCAAGACCCUGUGAACAAUAGUAACAAUAGAAUGGAGGCAAGCGACAAUGGAAUGUGGAGCCCUUUGCUCUGACUGCUACCAUGGAAACCACAGAAUCUGCAGAAGAGCGUAAUCAGACCAGUGGGUACCGUACAUGACCCUGUGUUUUAGGCCAUUGCGUAGCUUCCCAGAUCUCUGCUGAAAAUUGACCUUGAAUCAGUCAGGAACCAUUCAUAGGAGAACUGUACCGGAACAUUCUAGGUAUUUUGCUUUCAUAUUCCACAACUCUUUUAACGCUCCUGUUUUGAAACGGGCUUACCAGUAGUGCUAUUCACAAUGUUUUAACACAACUCACCUAUAAUAUGUGCUGGAACAUCACAGCAGAACACAAUACUGUCUUAGCUGGGAGCUCCUGCACCCAAAUGCUUUGUCUGGUGAUAUUGGUAGCAAUUUGCAACUAAGUAUCAGAUAUUAAGCACCUUCAGUAUCAUUCAGCAUUAGUCAAACUUCUGGAUUGUUUUGGGGAAAUCAAAACAUUGGUUGUGGCUUUUGUUCCUCAUCACUGGACCCCAGGGGGAUCAUCGGUCCUUCAAUGUCACACCUCCACAAAGCACCACCAAAGGAGACAGAUCAGCUAGGUAAAUACACCCAAACAAAAAUGACAAUUGAAUAAUUCUGUAUGAAUAGGCAGCAGCCAUAGUGUUGGCUAUGUGGGAUAAGUGCCACCCCCAAUGUAGAGGGUCCCGCAGCCCCCAUCAUUCGCUGUUUGACAGCCCUGGGACUGCAUCUGUGGGCCUUGAAGUGCUACUUGUCACGUGUGUUUUGAUCCUGAAUAAAUAAUACAAGUGAAAUGGGAAAGAACAGCAUGUUUGUCUCUUUUUGUCAAAACACUAAGAAAUAUACCA